AUGCCCCUUCAGCAGCUGAAGCCUUUACUUAUCUUCUUCAUCCAAUAUGUCUGCAAGCCUCGCCGAGACGCGUGGCUCGAAGCAGAGGCCCACAACUUCGACAGGGCCAUGUCGGCGAUCACCUUCCAGUGCUUCGUCGUGCCCAUGUUCAUGGGCGGGACGACCGACCAGAGGGUCGUCGAGGAGAACCUGGAGAAGCUUAAGGUGGCCCUCGGAGUCUACAAGGAGCGUCUGACCAGGUCUCAAUACCUGGCCCGAGAUUUCAUCAGCCUGGCGGACCUCAGCCAUUGCGCCAUGGCUCACUACCUGCUGGCGAGCCCCUGCGCGUCCGUGCUCGAUGCGUAUCCGCGUGUGAAAGCCUGGGUUCAUGGCAUGAUGGAUCGACCGAGCGUUAAGAAGGUCAUGGAGCUUAUGGACGCAUCGUGA